UUUUUAUUAAACACACGCUCACAAUUCGAUUUCUUCAAGGUCAACCGGUCGAAAAUACCUCUCGAAGUACUUUUUUGCCCAUUGUUUCCUUCUUAAACUACCAUGUCAUCAACAUUGGAUCAUUUGAAAAAACAUACUAUUAUCGUAGCGGACACUGGAGAUUUUAAUUCUAUUAAAAAGUUUUUACCAAUUGAUUCAACAACAAAUCCAUCUCUAAUAUUAUCUGCAUGCAAAUUACCACAAUAUUCACACUUGUUAGAUUCUGCUAUUCAAUAUGCUAAGAAAGAAAAACAAACAUUAAAUGAGCAAAUUGAAUUAGGAUUAGAAAGAAUAUUUGUAUUAUUCGGUUGUGAAAUAUUGAAAAUUGUACCAGGACGUGUAUCUACUGAAGUGGAUGCUCGUUAUUCAUUCAAUGUACAAAAACAAAUAGAAAUAGCAUGUCGUCUCAUUUCAAUGUAUGAAGAAUUAGGAUUUUCUAAAGAACGUAUACUUAUUAAAUUAAGUUCUACAUGGGAAGGUAUAAAAGCUGCAAAAAUACUAGAAUCACAAUAUGGUAUUCAUUGUAAUUUAACAUUAAUGUUUUCAUUUUAUCAGGCUAUAGCUUGUGCUCAAGCUAAUGUUACAUUAAUUUCACCAUUUGUUGGACGUGUACUAGAUUGGUAUAUAACUAAAUAUGGUAAAAAAGAAUAUACUAGACAUAAUGAUCCUGGUGUUCAUUUGGUUACUCGUAUUUAUAAUUACUAUAAAUCUCAUGGUUAUAAAACACAGAUAAUGGGUGCUUCAUUUAGAAAUGUUGAACAAAUCCUUGGUUUAGUUGGAUGUGAUUUGUUAACAAUAUCACCUAGUCUUUUAGAAGAAUUAAGUAAAAUGUCAGAAGUGCCCAGUUUAUGCUUGACUGUUGAAAAAGCUCAAACAUCUUAUGAUCAUUCUUAUCAAUCAGAUGAAUUAUUAACAGAAGAAGAAUUUCGUUGGCAAAUGAAUGAAGAUGAAAUGGCUAAUGAUAAAUUAACUGAUGGUAUAAGACGUUUUACUAAUGAUGCAUUAAUAUUAAAAGAUUUAAUUAAAACACGUAUAGAACAACAAUAAUAAGAAUAAUAAUCAUAGAGAUAAUAAUCUAAUAAUAGAUCAUAGAUGAAUCAAAUUGAAUUCUCAUGUUUUCUAUACGUGAUCAUUUUCAAUCCGGCUUACUUAUCAUUCAUUUAAAUGAGAAAUCAUUUAUAUCUUUUCAACUCAAUAUACAUUGAUCAGCAUGAUUUACGCAUAUUAGUAUUAAGUAUUUUAAUUAAAAUUCAUUUAUUUCCAA